AGGGAGGGCCGUUUCACACCCCUUGGGUGGGAGAAAAACAAUGGCGAGUUAUAGUCAACAACACACUACCCCUAAAGUUAUUCAUCAAAAGAGCUUUCUGCAAGUUACCUUCUUUCUGCCGUCUAGCUUCUAGAAUAACAAGUUGUGAAUACACUCUUGGAAAGCCAAUUGACUAUCCCUAAAGAUUUCACCUUUCCAGAUGGUAGUCGUCGCAAUGAAAUUCAAAUGAGGCACGCCUGUAAACGCGGUCUGCUUUUGCAAUUUUCACAGGUUUCUGCACAAGCAAGAGAUGAUAUGAAUCCGUUGGCCAACAGUCGGUUGCUAGUGAUUUUAGGAGACGCCGUGAAAGAGGUUCAGCUUUGUAUUUCUUGUCCUGGUGGUUGCAAACGCUACGAAAUUAACGUUGCGGCACGUCUUAUUCACGCUCUCGAUCACGUGCUACUCGAUGGGUUGCGUAAUCCAAAAAACGGUUAUUGGCCCGUCUUUGCCGCACUCCUUCCUUCUUCUGCUCUUUCUUUCAUUAACCAGCUUUCUUCCGCCACUAACAAUAUCAGCAAAGGGAGAGCUUGGCUUUUGCUUUCUCUAAACGAAGCGGUUCUCGAGGCUUUCCUGGCCACGCUGGAAGAUAGACCGUCACAUUUGUCGGAAUAUUAUCUUCCCAACGCUCUGCUCAGAGACUCUACGUCUUUGCAAGUGGUCAUCACCCUGGUUUCCGGUUUGGAACAUGUUGGCUUUGAUUUCCUUUUAGAUAGUGCUUUUCUCAACGCUAAUCAACCGCCAUCAUGCGGAUUUCUAGUCGAUUACGAACCAUGCGAAUCUCCGUUAGAAAACGCUGAAAUCUCGGUGCAAGGAUCGCAAGUGGAUGGCGUCAUUGGUGGCUUAAAUCCUAAGAAAGACAAUUCAUUUUUAGGCGACAACAAGACAACGAUGCCAGCGCCAGUGAUGAAGAGUCCCCUAGUCAAACGACGCAACAGCUCCAGAAGUCAACAUGUGCGUUCAUCGACGCAGAAAAGGGUGUCGUUUCAUCAGGAUAUGAUGCGACGGCCGUACGACGAGUCUCAUCCACUCCAGCACGCCACUAGCCAAAAUAAUCUGAAUAUCAGCAGCUAUGUCGACGAUAGAACAACUUCAAUGAAUUUGCGUCGAUAUCACAGCGAACUCGCUAUCGACCAUGCGAGCGGCGCUUCCACCUUGGCCAAAUAUCCGACGAUUGCAGAAAGAGGCGUUCCAGAAGGUCAAGAAGAUCCAGAAGGUGCCAAAACACAGGAACACGCUGCACCUGAAAUGCUGUUCCUGCAAAAGGCUUUGAUUCGACGAAAGCUGUUGAUGGGUGAACAACCCAAAAAAUCACCAACCAAAGAUAAACGUCAAUUCUUUGAUUGGGCAAAACAGAAAUGGGAAGAUUUGAAUCUUGUUCCCGUCCUGCCACAUUUGAGUGAAACAAAUCAAUUGCUGGAUGUCCCUGAUAACGACCCAGUGGCUGAAGAUUUUCCCCAAGUUGAACGUUCGUCUGAAACUCUUCCUUUGCCCGUCGAAAUGGAUCCAAACGAACGUUACAAGAGUUUUAAAUGUUUUACGAAUUUCUAUUCGGGGAUACCUCUGUCGAGUCAACUCGUCGUAAGCCCAACGAUUAUUUAUGUUGUAUCGAGCACCGCCGGCCUCUUUAACAGUCCAUCUAUCGUAUGGAAAAGUAAAUUAAUUGAUUUGGAAGAUGUCAAGGUCAAGUGUAAUUAUUCCGUCAUCGUGAUGCGUUCUACAUCGGCUGAAAAUGGCGGCCUCUACUGUUUGGAUUUCGCUGAUCCGGCUGAUUCACAAAUGGCCGCCAGUUUGAUAGAUGUCAACGUAAGAAGGAUCCGCAAGGACUGCCAGUGUGUUUACGUGGAAUCAGUGUCCCAGUGCCAAAUGUAUUGGCAAUCGCGUGUUCUCCAAUGGAUUCGGAACGACGUCCAUUCGAUCGACGUACACUCUCCAAUAGAUGUAGAAUACAUCGGAAUGUUGUACUUUGAAGAAUCUUUCGUCAUGCAGAGCCACGAAGUAUCUCCUACCUCAGGUGCGGGUCCUAAUAAAUCUGGACAUUUAAUGUAUCGCUGGUCAACCACUCGAUCGUGGCACGCUGGCUAUUUUAUCAUCAAAGGUGGGGUGUUGUACCAGUUUAAUCAGCCAAAUGACCGCGUUCCAACGCUGAAAAUGUCACUCAGCGAAGAGGAAUGCAAAGGAUAUGGUCGGAAUUUUCACUCGCGUCGACCGCACACCAUCGAACUUCAAUUCCGCAACGAGAAAUCCCUACUUUUAGCUGCCGCUUCGGAAACUGAAGCCACUGAAUGGCUGACGUCUCUAUCACAAUCUUCUUUCGUCUGGGACAUUGGAAUGGACGUUGUUUCGCCUUCGCCAGUCCAGCACAGUAGUCCAAUCGCUUGCGGCGUUCUCGUCACCCGCCAGCAAGUCUUUUUAUUUCAAUCCACUGAUCAACAACAGCCCGUCGCUUCGGCUCCGCUCGAUUUGAUCUCCGUGAUCAUGAUUAGCCUGACGGACACGUUUUGUUUGAUUGAGCUUGAUUAUCGAGAAGCCAGCGAAGGAGCGGGUGAUUGGAUUCUCUAUUUUCAAUCAAAAAAUAGUUUUGAGGAAUUUCUGCGAGCCACGAAACGGCCUCGUGAAAUUCUUUCGACUGCCUCGUCGUCCACCUUACGCAAUAAAAGUUUGUUGUUAAGGGCCAUUUAAUAAUCGAGCUGAAUGGAUAUUUCUCUACCUCUUUCCAAAAUGUAUUUUACAUCUAAUCUCGUUGUUUGUUUUUUUUUGCUCUACAGAUUGUUUCGCAAGCAAUUCCUGUAUAGAAUCGCGAAUUUAUUUCAGCCGCUGUCUUUAUUGUACAAAAAUCCGCCUUUUCAAUGUUACUGUUUUUUUUUUCCAAUUUUCCUAUUUUUAGGCAUUUAAAGCCUCUACUUUAUUGGCUCUGCGCAAUGUUUAUUUUUUUUUUCGAAAAUUGUUGCUAAUUGCCGCUUAUUCACAGUUGCCUCAUCACUCAUUAAAAGAAAAACGAUCUUCCUGUU